AUGAUUCACUCAAGGAGUCUAGCAACGGCCCCAAUCAACACCCUCGACGGGCGAUUGACCGAUACCGAUGCAGCCCUGCACUUCAACGAUCGCAGCCUAUCCUCCGAAAGCCUCCCAUAUUGGCUCGUCAAUUUACCUCGGUCGCAAUGGACGGCCGAAUGUCCUAGUUAUUUACGUGACCAAACGCCGAAGAAUAUCCGGUGCCUCGCGACCCCUGACUACCUCUAUACCCGACAGAACUGGGACCAGGUGAAGGAGAUCACAAGCACCAAUCGGAUCGAUCGGUUCCGGCGUGUCCCAAGCGAGCUGCGCAAGUACCUGGAAUAUAUGGCGCAGAUCAAGGCGGAGUAUACAUCCGUCAUGAGAUUUGUGGUGAAAGAAAGGCUAGGCUGGGGGGAUGGUAAUGUGGAAGACAUCAAGCCAAGAGGUGGCCCCUUUGAAUACGAGGAGGACGUCCGAAUCAUAUACAAUGACUGGCCAUAUGGGGUGGAUAAGGACAUUAUCCAUUUGGUAGUCUGGACCAAGUUCCAACUGGAAGAUGAUCCAGCCACAGAUGAUCUGACGCCACGCGCACGAGAGGCCAUCGAGAGCUACGUGCAGAAGACAUUCUCACGGGUCGAGGAAAAGGUCUGGUUCAAGAACUGGAAAUCACUCAAGUCGGUUCCCGGCAUCGAACACUUCCACGUCAUGCUCCAUCGGCCCGAUAUGGAAUUUGUUAGGGAGAUCACCCGUGGGGAUGUACCACUGAUUGACCGAAUGUCCACUGUUUACUAG